UUUGAUAAUAGAAUUUAUGACAAUAAUCUGUUGUUUUUAAGACCAGGUCAUGAGGUGCUUACAUACACAGGCCACAAUGUUGAUGCCAUUGCGCUGCUGCUGCCGCACCAGCAGCCGGCCUUGCUCAGCGUGACUCAGCGCCCGAGUCCUGGCAUGAGGUGGCUAGGACGUUCAGAGGAAUUCUUGAGCUGCGACUGUUAAUGAACACAAGCGUGAAUGAAAUGAAUUCACAACCAUGUGACCACAUUCUUGAAGCCUUGAACUCCUCGAGCUGCUCAUUGUCAUCAUUUGCUGGCCGUAUCAAGGAUACAAACAGCAUCCAAUCCUUGGCCAAAGUCGCGACGCCCAACUCAGACUUCGUGAUUGUCACGGAGCCGCACGUUGACUUAACGCCCCUGCAGCACAAGCACCACGAGCUUUGGGUGAUUGUUGAACCCAAAUCUGAGGGCGACAUCGCUGCCCUGCCCACGUCUCCCAACAUUUUCCUUUUGGUGAAGUUGGUUGCUGAAAAUCAGCAAAAGAGUUUGACUCGCACCUUACUUGGCAUGGCUCCUGCUGACAACAGGUUGCGGAGGCUGGAGGUGCGUGACUGCGCGUUGACUGAAGUGCAGCUGCAGGAGAUGCUGGUGGAGCUGCAGCACGCGGGCCUAAGGACGAUCUUCACGAACCAGCAAAUCCACGCGGGACCCAGCCGGGUGCUGACAAUGCGGGAUUACAAUUGCGCGCUGAUUCUCACUGAUGAACCGCCGCUGCCACCACAGGCAGAACCCAGCAGGCGUGUCGCAUCAGAACCACCCAAGUCACCCGCCAGUCUCCCCGUUGCCCCCGCCGUCGGUGGAGAGAACCUCUGUCCGCUGGCCUCGUCAUGCGGGGACCUGGACGCCGUGUACAGGAGUCUGUACGCCCUGAACGUUGUGCUGCCGCACGCGCUGCGCUUUGUGAUGGAGAAAAUGUUUGCGGACAAGCCUCCGGAGGUUACUUACUUGGAUUACUGUUUGACAAGGAAGACGCAGCUUGACUGGUUAGAACUCCUGUCAUAUCUCUGGCGCAAUUCCUAUUUGAUGGAAACUCUCAAAAAAUGUAAUUGUGAGGAGUUUGAUGUACGUCUAUUCGAUGCUCAGCCUCUGAUCGAGCUAGCCCUAUAUCUUAGCCGUUUGUUAACAGUGUUCAAUGGUGGUACUGAUAAAGUUGACCGCACAACCAAAGAUGCACACCGCAAAAAUUGGUUUAACAUUGAAGAAGUUCGAUGUCUUAGGACAGAAGUGCUCAUCAGCCUCACAGAAGAGCCUCCCGAACUCGUGGGUGUGGCGGACAGGAUCACUGAGAUCGCAUACGAGCUGAUCAGCGAGGCCGCUGAGCUGCACCGCGUGCCGGACGCUGAGGCUCAGCGGGUGAAGGAAGCUUGCCAGGCGCUCUGGGAUAAAUACUCUGAUGUGCGCGUUGAUGAUGACGCUUUUGCUGCGUAUUGCGUACUGAAGGAGAACCGGGAGAGGAGAGUCGACGUCGAAUUUGAGAAAGUAUUUGAUGAAAUGUGUGUCAGUAUUUACGAGUCCCCAGCCCUCAGACGGGAUCAACCCUAUCUGCAACCGUUUAGCUCAAGAUGUCAGCAAUAUCAAUUUGACGAGUUAUUAAAGUAUGAAAUCUGGGGUAAGGGUAAGUUGCAUGGCGUCUUCAUCCACUUCAUGUGCCGCGAUACAAAAUCCCGCAGUUUUUCUGACGUCAUCGAGGAAAACUUUCCUGAAGCCUGCAGCCAAAUUGGAACAAACAACGUUGAAUAUGUUUUGAAACAUCUACAUCCUCUGAUCCUCGUUAACGGCUACGACGAAGCCAACGCCACGUCCAGCGUAAUCGUAGAAGAAAUGGUCUACAAAUUCCAUGAAUUCCCAUGCAAGAUCGUCUUCACUACCCGUCCUGAGGCUGGUUCUUCUCAACAAGAUAUCUCGGGAAGAGAAGGUGUGGAUUUUACGGAAUCAUUAAUUCUUCCUUUUGCGCUGAAAAAGAGUAAGUUCCGUGAACUUUUGAUGACUUUGGAUUCUUUAGUUGCCAUGGUUUAAUAUUUCUCCUACAAGAAAAUUUUUGAACUAAACUUUUUUGGUCACAUUUCCAUCCAGAAUUUUGAUAAAAGUUCCACAUAAAUGGUAAUGCCUUACAAAUAAUAGACACACGUUUUUUAGUGCAAGAAAUACAAAGAUCGGAGAUUACAUCAAUAAAAUCAGAGCUAUCUUUGCAUAAAAAAUCAGAGAUUACAUAAAAAAUCAGAGCUACCUUCUCCUUUGUGGAGGAGGUAACGUGCUUAGUGCAACAUGUUGGUUUUGCUUUUGGGGUGAACCGUUCAGGAACGACUGUCAACUCGGGGUUGCCAUGACAACAAUAAACGGAGUUGCUUGCCACAUUUUGGUGUUUUUUUACCAGGGCAAUUAUUUCAUUGCAUGCCCUUU